GCUGCCUCCAGCAGGCGCCCCUAGCGGAGCACACAGCCCCGUUCGCCUUCCAGCGCCCGAAGCUCCCCCGGCCAAAGCGGGAAGAUGGGCACCGGGGACUUCAUCUGCAUUUCCAUGACCGGAGGGGCGCCCUGGGGCUUCAGGCUGCAAGGCGGCAAGGAGCAGAAGCAGCCCUUACAAGUGGCCAAGAUUCGAAGCCAGAGCAAAGCCUCCGGGUCUGGACUCUGUGAGGGAGAUGAAGUGGUUUCUAUUAAUGGAAACCCCUGCGCAGACCUCACCUACCCAGAAGUCAUCAAGCUCAUGGAGAGCGUGACGGACUCUCUCCAAAUGCUCGUCAAAAGAUCUCCGAGUGGGAUAAAUGAGACUUUGAUCCCUGAAGCUGAAAACCAAAACCACAAGCUUCUCACCCGUGAGGGGUGCGUGGAAAGUACCACCCUGCAGAUUCGACCGGCCACAGGCAGCCAAUGCAAAGAGUUCUCCAGCAGCCCGGCCCCCCACAGAAUCCCCGUGGCCGAGGACGGAGAGAGUGGUCCAGACUGCUCGGGAAGUGUAAAAGAAGACCCAGCCUCCCCUGGGGCUCCCCACACAGUGGAAUUCCGCAGAGGAUGCUUAGCAGAGGAGACUGUCCUAAGCGGGGAGGUGCAAGCAGGGCUGCCUGAGUCUCCGGUUGAAUUCCAGUUGUCCCUUCCGCAGGAGAGGCACGAGGGCUCCAGUGCCCCAGGGGAGGCUCCCCUCGAAGCCGAAAAAUCUCAGUCUCCUGACCCAACUCCCCCCUUCCAGCAUGACAGUGCUGCCCCACUCCAGCCAGUGCCUGCCGAGGAGCCCCGGGGCCUUUCCCUGAGAUCCAGCAAGACAAUCCAGCUCUCCAGUGGCCUGGACUUGACAGCAAUCCCGGACAGGGAAGCAGGCAACGUGGGGCUGUCCCGAGUGGACGUGCUCCUCAACUGCUCUGCCAGGCAGCAGACGGAAGGGUACAGGCUCCAGGCAGGAAAGGGGUGUGUGGACUCUCCAGGGGAAGGAGGGCAGUCCGAAGCACCUCCUUCUCUGGUAUCCUUUGCAGUCUCCUCAGAAGGCACCGAGCAGGGGGACGAGCCCCACUCGGAAAGGGAUCACAGCAGACCUCACAAGCACAGAGCGCGCCACGCACGGCUCCGGAGGAGUGAAAGCCUAUCGGAAAAGCAGGUGAAAGAAGCCAAAUCUAAAUGCAAAAGUAUCGCUCUCCUGCUAACAGAUGCCCCGAACCCCAACUCCAAGGGGGUGUUGAUGUUUAAGAAGCGGCGGCGCAGGGCCAGGAAGUACACCCUCAUCAGCUACGGGACAGGGGAGCUCGACCGAGGGGCGGGCGGGGAGGAGGAGGAGGAAGGCGACCCCGAGGCCAUCUCUGAAGUGGCCUUCCUGGGUGCCAGCGAGUCGGAGGUGGACGAGGAGCUCCUCUCGGACACCGAGGGCAGCAGACCCGUUGUGAACUUCGACUGGGAUUCUGGACUGGUGGACAUCGAGAAGAAGCUGAACCGAGGAGACAGAAUGGAGACGCUGCCGGACACCGCAGGCAAGGGGGCCCUCAUGUUCGCCAAGAGGAGGGAGAGGAUGGAUCAGAUCACAGCCCAACAAGAAGAGGAAAGGGGGGGCGGCAUGCCCGAGGUUGCCCCGCCCGAUGGCUUGAGAACCCUGACUUCUUACCAGAGGAAGGAGGAGCAGGCCGUGAGCAUGCAGAGCUCCGUGAGCAAAAGCUACAUUGAGGUGACACCGGGGCUGGGCCACGUGCCGCAACAGAAUGGCUUGAGUGGGCUGCCCGAGACCCCAGAAGCCCACCGGAUGAUGCCCAUGAACAGAACGGCCAAACCCUUCCCGGGGUCCGGACACCAGGCAGCGACCCCCUUCUCUCCCACCCGAAACGUGACAAGUCCCGUUGCUGGCUUUCCUGCCCCUCCGCCUUAUUCUGCAGUCACCCCUCCUCCUCCAGAGGCCUUCUCCCGAGGAGUAUCGAGUCCCACCGGUGGCCCAGCACCGCCACCUCCAUGGCCGCAGCCUGCUCCCUGGUCCCAGCUGGCCUUCUACGACGCCCCCGAGCGCAUUGCUUCCCGGGAUGAGAGGAUCGCAGUGCCAGCCAAGAGAACGGGCAUCCUGCAGGAAGCCAAGAGGAGAAGCACUACCAAACCCAUGUUCACAUUUAAGGAGCCCAAAGUGAGCCCCAACCCCGAGCUCCUGUCGCUGCUGCAGAAUGCAGAAGGUAAGCGGGGUGCCGGAGCCGGCACCGACUCGGGACCUGAAGAAGACUACCUGAGUUUGGGCGCUGAGGCUUGCAACUUCAUGCAGGGUGCCUCUGCUAAACAGAAGACCCCGCCACCCGUGGCCCCGAAACCUGCAGUAAGGUCAUCCCCUUCCCAGCCACCGACUCCAGUCUCUCCGGUCUGGGCGCCAGGAGGAGCCUCUACCCAGCCUCCAGCCUUCCCCACGCCCAGCCCCUCGCAGGGCACCGUGGUCUCCUCUAUCAAAGUCACCCAGCCUUCCUACCCUCCGGCCAGGCCCGCGAGCGUCCAGAACCUGGCAGGUCCCUUCCCGGUCCAGAGGGCGGCAGUGGCCAGUCAGAAUUACAUACCCAAGCCAUCAACUGGUCCCACCCCAACAGCAAACACUACUGCUUAUGCCGGGUCAGUGGGACCAUCCAACGAGCUUCCAGGAAUGAGCGGGAAAGGAGCCCAGCUCUUUGCCAAGCGGCAGUCCAGGAUGGAGAAGUAUGUGGUUGAUUCUGACACAGUGCAGGCGCAUGCGGCCCGGGCUCAGUCUCCCACCCCGUCGCUUCCUGCCAGCUGGAAGUACUCGUCCAAUGUCCGGGCACCUCCUCCCAUGGCCUACAACCCCAUCCACUCUCCCUCCUACCCACUGGCUGCUCUCAAAUCACAGGCCUCAGGCCCACAAGCCGCCAAAACGAGCAAGAAAAAGGGCAAAAAGCCCCUCAAUGCUUUGGAUGUCAUGAAGCACCAACCAUAUCAGCUCAACGCAUCCUUGUUCACUUUCCAGCCACCUGAUGCCAAGGAUAGCCUCCCCCAGAAGUCAACUGUUAAGAUCAGUUCCGUGCCGGCCAUGACCAUGAAGCAAGCCCUUCCUCCCCGGCCCCUGAGUGCUAGCUCACCCACUAACGCGCAGGCCUCAUCCGUGUACUCUGUUCCAGCCUAUAGCUCCCAGCCUGCCUACUUUGCAGAGGCCAGCUCCCCAGCCAGCGCCUCCCCGGUGCCCGUGGGCCUUCCCACGUCUCCCAAGCAAGGAUCAGCCUCACCAUCUUAUUUUGUGGCACCGAGACCGAAGUUCUCAGCCAAGAAAAGCGGUGUCACAGUUCAGGUGUGGAAACCGUCAGUGGUGGAAGAGUAAUGUGGUAGCUUAUUGCCCUCUUUGCCUGAACUCAAUUGUUUGCAGUGUUACUUGAGUCCCUGAAAAUGCCUAGUGAGUCCUCAGCUUACUUAACUUCAGAUGUCACCUCCCAUUCUGGGUCCAAGGAGCGUAAUCUUUUUUUUUUUAAUGAGUCAAAAAUCUAACUCAGGUUGCCUUUUAAAAAGACCUAUCUACCUUCCUUGCACACUCCAAAAACCCCAGGGCACCCCCAAUACACAUGUGCGACUGUGAUAAGUAAGCAGGAGAUGUAGGAUUUAUAUUUGAACCACAAGAAAGAUGGUGAUCAGUGUUAUCAAACAUUAGGACAUAGCCUUUAUGUAACAGAGCAGUUAUGCUUAUAUGGUACAGCUCCAAGUGUAGUGAAAAUGUGACGUGCAUGGACUGGAAUUGCUUUGUUACAGCCUAUGUUAGCUCAGACAUAAGAACUCUGUGGAGGAAAGGACACAGCUCUGGUCCGUCACCCUCAACCACACAUUUGCUGUCUCAGCAAAGAUGCCCCUGAGAUUACUGGACAUGAAUUGUCUUUAGGGAAGUGGAGCAGAACGAAGGGGUGUUCAUAAUUCCUGCACACUUGUUUUGCAUUUGCUUCCUUGCCAGGGAUUUUACCUAUUUUAAUUGACUUCAGUAAAGCUGAAAGAGCAAGCAGGGCGAUUAUGCUGAGAGACUAGUUCCAUCCUCCUUCCUUCCUGACGUAAGAAACUGAGAAAAUCUCCAGUUGCCAGUGAUGCCGGAGGUUCGCUUACCUCAGUGGAGGCGAGUGGUAGAGCCGAGCAAGAAGGCAUCAUGUCUAGGAAAGUAGCAGGCUGCAGGGAAGGUAGUCCUGAGGGCUGUUUCUGACACAGGAACCCCAUGCACGUGGAGGCUCAGAUCACCUGAUGAGUAGAUGCGCUUGGGAACCACCUCACAGCUUUCUUUUCUUGUGUUUGUUUUGCUUUUUGAGGACUGCUUCUCACACUAUUCAUUGAAAUGAUCUUUUUGCAUCUUUACUUGAUUAUUUAUAUUUGAUGGACCAGGAGGAUUCAGGCCAGGUUACCUUGUAAAUUUGGAAUGGUCCCACACUGUGUGGUCAUCCAGCUGGCUAAGAAGUUAUCCAUGCCAUUGACAGUAACCCUGAAGACCUUUCUUAUAUCUAUCUUAAGUCCAAGUCUGACCAACCGUGGAAAAUAGUCAAUGUAGAGAUCCACAAAGCAAUUUGACAGCUCCAAGGAAAGCUAUCAACAAAAUACAGGAGAUAUGUUCAGAGACUUCUCAUAAAAGUUGGCCUGGUUUGAGGGUACAUGGUACUACUAUUUUAGCCCUCCGAAAAUAUCUGUAUUCCUGUUCUUUUUUUUCUGCUGUCACUGUCAAUCUGCUAUGUAUUUUUCACUGUCCUAUUAAAAUAUUACUUCUGUA